UUUCAAUUCAGCAAAGUGUUGACGAGAUGAGACAGCAGUUUGAAAAAAUGAUGAUAAUGGUUCAGCAAGCAUUGCCAGGAAGCAAUGUAAACAACAAUGGCGCUCAAGCUAUAGAUCCAGCAGUUCCAGCCAAUAACCAAGAUAUUAUUAUUCUUGGCGGUUCUAACGCCCCAGGGGUUAAAGGUGUAUCGAAUACAGUUGAAAAAUACAGCAUAGUAGAAGGCAAGUCAUCUCAACUACCAGGAAUGAAUCUCGCUCGAAGAGUAUCAGCAUCAUGUGUUUACAACGGUGACGUCACAGAAUAGGAAGUUAUACCAGAAGCGUAACUCGAGCAAAUAUUUGUCCGCGUUUUUACAAGCGAUUCGUCAUCAAUCACGCCAUCCUGGCUAGUACAACCGGCACUUUGUACCUACCAAAUCCUGAUAAAAACUUCCGGCUGUACUAGCCAGGAUGGCGUGGCCUGACGUGAGCGAGUUAAAAUUUUCGUGGACGUCAAACAAUAAGGGAAACGACUAGAGUUACGCUUCUGGUAUAACUUCCUAUUCUGUGGUGACGUCAUCGUUACCGGAGGUUCGGAUAGUGAAGCUGGUACUGACUCGAUCGAAAUUUUAAAGAUGAACCAGCAUCCUUUGCGAUGGACGAUGUUUGAUGCUAAACUGCCUGUCAAGUUAUCUGCCCAUGACGUCACAGUUUACCAAAAUAAAUUAUAUAUCAUAGGAGGACAUAACUGGAAUGAAGACAAAUCAUCCGAUGCAAUUUAUGAACUAUCCCUUGCCCCGCCUUAUAUUGUCAAGCUUCUCGCACGAAUGCCUCAACCAAGGAGAAACCACAGAGCGGAGAUUGUUAACGGCAAGCUAUUUAUCUUGGGAGGAUCAACAACAGACAAGAGUAAAGAUGCCACAGACAGCGUUGUUGUGUAUGAUUUCAUCAAGAACGAGAUUAAGCCAUGUCCAUCGCUACCCGAGCCUGUCUCAGAAAUGUCCUCAGUUACUUGGGGCAAUAUGAUCAUUGUCGUCGGCGGGCUGCAUAAGAAUAAUCAGGAUUUAAAUGACGUCAUCAUGUAUCACAUUGAGACUGGACGAAGUGACAGAUUACCUUCACUGAAACACAAUAGGCGUGGUGCCUCUGCGGUCACCAUGCAUGACGUCAUUGUUGUAUUGGGAGGAGCGAAUGACGAGGAGGGAAAUCUCAACUCAGUAGAAAGUUUCACAAUGGGAGAUGAUCAGUGGAAAGAACUGCCAGGAAUGAAAGAGAAAAAAUAUUAUGCAACUGCUGCAGUGAAACCUCACAACUAGUUUUGAAUGAUACGCUUUACAGCAUACAUUUUACAUCAACAUUUUCGAGGUUUUAUAAUCAUAUGAAUAGAAAACUUAAUAUUGUAAUCUUUGCCUUUUAUAACUCAACAAAAUAUUGUGGAAUGUAAAUAUAGUGAAUAUAUAGUAACAUAGACUGUAGGAAGUAUGGUAUGUAAAUGUUUAAUGAAAGUCAAGAUAACUUGUAUGUAGAUUUGCAUGGCAUCAAUAUAAUUUUCAAAAUCUCAUACGAACAGUGAUGAAGACAUUGACAGAAGACUAUCAGUGAGUAAGCGUUACAGUGCAGUAGAUGCUCGUCAACUUCACAAAUGUUCAUACUUAUAGCAGAAAUAAAUUAAACUACGUCUCUUAAUUCUAUUCAUUCCCCUCAAAAACACAGUUUCAUUCAAUGAAAACAACUCAAAUUAUUUUCUCAUUCUGAUAACUGCAGAUUGAUCAUCAUCUGAUGCACGAUAGUGUUUAGUCAAAUUCCGAGUAGACAUGGAACAUUGAAUCUAAGAGAUGAAUCUUGAUCCUAAGAUUAUUAAAAGUGCUCUCGUGGAGUCAAUAAUCUGAUGAUGUUUUUGUCCUUUUUAGGUUGCAUGGUGAUUAAUAUUGUGUUUUUUUGUAGAUCUCCUUUUGGUCAUACAUUUUACAGGGUGUCUAUUCAUACUUUUUGUGUUAAGGACAAGGUUUCCAAAAUAAUUUAGAGGACGAAAUUUUCGGAAAGAAGUAGGCAGCAGAAGUAUUAUAGCGGUCGAUCAAACCCGGCCCUUUUUUGAGGGAGAGCAGUGAGGGGGAGUAAUUACUAUUCAUAUAUUUUUGAGGGGGAGUCAUUAGUGUUCGUAUAUUGUGAGGGUAGCUAGUAAUAUUUAUUUCAUUUGAGAGGGUUCUUGUGUCACCAAAAACAGGAUUUACAUACAAAUUAAACUUGUCGUAUUGUGUCAACCAUUGCUUUGUACUUUUCUUUCGAGUAAAGUGUCUUACCGCCAGAAUUUUAAGAAUAAGUUUAUCGCAUCAAUCUUGACAAUUUUCUUGGGCAGAUAAAAGUUUCGUCGUCAUAUUACAAAAAUAAAAAGUCAUUUAGUUUGCUUAUAAAAGCAGUAUUUCCUUAUGCCGUAACAAGUGAAGUUGGAAUAUAUUCCCUGUAACAAUUGUUCUGCCCUUUUUCACAGACGAUGAGAUUUUUUUUCUGCGUCUUGCAUUCUGAAUCGUCUUGUAUCUCGUGGUCAUCCGUAGUCACUCGUGGCCCACCUGUGGUGAUUUGUAGUCACUCAUGGUCAUGAUCAUGGUCAAUGUCAUCUGAGAUAUCUUAACACUUUCACUUUAAUUUAGGAAAAUGUUGACGAGAUCAGAGAAUCUCAAGAUGUUAUAAAUGUUAAAGUAGAUCAAAUCCAGGUAAGACAAUAUUGUGUGGCGUGCUUUAGUGCUUAUUUUGCGAACAAUUCCAUUUUACUGGUGCAAACGCCAUUUUUAUCUACUUGUAAACUUGGAAAAGCUUUCAACCUGCAAGCCUUAAGACUUUCAUCAUUGCACAUACAAUUUUAUUGACGAAGAUUUGAGCUGAUGGAUUGCAAGCUUGGUCAAAAAUCAAUCAACCUCAUGUUUUUCACAAAACAAAAAAAUUUAUAAGAUAUUUUUACUCACUGCGUGUAUACUUAAUCAAAAUUAUGCAGUGUCAUCUGUGAGAAAUCUGACCAUUAACAUUCCCAAAUCGCGCUAUUUUGAGCAUUAAUCGCAUCAUGUUGAAGUUCUGCACCUAAGAGAACCAAUCAAAUUAAAGCAUAAAAUUUAACUAGCCAAUCAAUCGUAAUCACACCGAAUUUCGCACUAAAUUGCACUCCACCGUAGGUUCGAUCCCUACCAGAGGGCAUAUAUAGUUGCAUUUUUCGCCGCUACUCCUGGUUAAGUCAAAAUAAAUGUAUCAAAUUUACACUCGAAAUUUCCAUCUACAAAAAACCGCGAGAAUGAAAUGUUGUUUUAAUAUGAGGCGAAGCAGGGAGUCGGAGCAAUACAAUUUCAGCAUAUAGGUUCAUUGCCCCCAGGGGUCAGUGUCAUCUCUGAGAUAUCUUAACACUUCUACUUUAAUUUAGGAAAAUGUUGACGUGAUGAAGCAAACUCAAGAUGUUAUAAAUGUCAAAGUAAAUAAAAUGAAGGUAAGACAACAUUGUCUUGGGUGCGUUUAAAGGGGCACUGUCAUUAAAAUUUUUAUUUUCUUAAACGAAAAUGCUCUUAAAACUUGUUUUGAAGAUUGUUGUUCCCAUGCUUAGUUCUCGAGAUAUUUCAAUUUGUUUGUAACCAUGUGACGUCAUUUACUCAAUUACAUAUAUGAGAUAUAAGUAAUUGACAAAUUGUUGUGUGUCUUUGUUAUUUUUUAUCAAAAUCUUUUCAAAGAUGCGGCAUGUUUGUUAAUAUAACCAUGGAUUGUAAAAUAACUGGAUAGGAAACUUCCUGACGUCACAGUCUCAACCUAGUUGCAAUCUGUGACGUCACGCAUAUUGCGAAUAUAUACCAAAGUUCUCGGCAUUUUUGUUAUUUCGCUAUAUUUUCCGCUUUAAAAGAGUAAUAUUGAAGCUUAAAAAACCAUUAAUAAUUCACGAGGAAAAUACAAAAGAAAUUAAUGUUUAAUCAAUGUUUGUAAGUCGGAUAAAGAUUUGUCCUGAUUUACAUAAACUUCAGCUUUGAUUUUCUCGGCUUAGACAAUGUUUAUUUUUAAAAUUACUUUGCUAAUGAACUCAUAACUCAUACGAUGGGUCAUUUUUUAAGUACGAUAAAACAUGAGCAGCCGAUCUGUAUCUGAUAUACAAACUCUCGCCUUCGGCUCGAGUUUGCCGUAUAUCAGAUACAGAUUGGCUGCUCAUGUUUUAUCUAGUACAUAAACUGGUCUAAUUGUUUUAAAAACAUGCCUAAGCCACGACAAAGUAUUCAAGGUAAAUGUUUUUCUUCUUUGUUUUGUAUUUUUUUACAUUUGUAGCUAUGAAAUUGGCGUCGCCAAUUUUAACGAAAUUUGCGAUGCAUUUUUCACUGUUUAGUGCUUGAAAUAUUUGCUAAAAUUGACUGGAAAUACUGAGAGAUUUCAUCGUAGAAUGGCGUAGUUAUAUUUAUUUGCUCUUUGACUAAAAUGUUUAGCUGCAUGUAUUAUUGCUAAACAUGCCGUUUUUGACUGAGAAUCUGGUUUGCAACUAGGUUUCAACAUCCAAUCACGCCAUCAGCCCAUUGAAAACAUUAGGUCACGUCAGCUAGUUUCCUAUCCAUUUAUUUUAUUAUCCAUUAUUUAACCUACAUCAUUAAGCAUACUGUUUUUUUAAACAAAUCCAUCAAAAAUAGCAAAAUACAUAACAUUUAUAUUUACUGAUAGCUCAUUAUAUAUGUAAUUGAGUAAAUGACGUCACAUAGUUUCAAACAAAAUGAAAUAUCUCAAGAACAAAUCGUGGGAACCAAUUUUUUCAAAAGAAGUUACUUUACAGUUUUAGGAGUUCUUUCGUUUGAAACAAUAAAAAUUUUAAUGACAGUACCACUUUAUUCAGACAUAUUUUGCGAACAAUUCACAGGUAAAAACGCUACAUACGUCUACUUGAAAACGUUGCAAAGCUUUCAAUCUGCAAGCCUUUUAAGAUUUUCAUCACUGCACAUACGAUUUUAUUGACGAAGAUUUGAGCUCAUGGAUUGCAAGCUUGGUAAAAAAAUCAAUCAACCUGAUGCUUUUCACAAAAAAGAAAAAUUUACAAGAUAUUUUUACUCAUUGCGUGCAUUAUGCAGUGUCAUCUGUGAGAUGAUCUGACCAUUACCACUGCAACCUGGUCAUCGAAUGAAUUCCCACAUCGCGCUAUUUUGAGAAUUAAUCGUAUCAUGUUGAAGUUCUUGCACCUAAGAGAACCAAUCAAAUUAUAGCAUAAAAUUUAACUAGCCAAUCAAUUGUAAUCACAAGUUUGAUUUCGGAUUUGAUUGUACUCCACCGCAGGUUCGAUUCCUGCCAGAGGAUCUUUAUAUAGUUGCAUUUUUCAACUGCUCUUGGUUAGGUUUUAAUAAAUGUAUAAAAUUGACACUCAAAAUUUUCAUCCACAAAAACCCUUCAACAUAUUAGUUCUAUCAAGUGAACGAAAUGUUGUUUUAAUAUAAGGCGAAGCAGUGAGGCGCGCGAGUGUUACGUAAUGCAUGGGUUUUGUGUCAUCAAAAACAAGAUUAUAAAAACGAGUUUAUCGCAUAAAUCUUGACAAUUUGCUUGGGCAGAUAAUGUACAUGUAUUUAAAUAAUGUACAUCAUAUUAUAAAAAUAGGUACCCUGUAGCGUACAUGGCGUCUACUGGGUCAGGAACAUAAAAGGGUGCUAAAUGCAGAUAAAAUUCAUCAAACGACCAUUUUAUUAAAAUAAAGAUAAGUUAAAUGUUAAUAUUGCCUUGGCGUGCAUCAAUUGUUUUUAUAAAUAGAGCAGGGUCGUACACAGUGAAGGUGGGCGGGGCGUACAGAGCGCGGGGUCGGUAGAGUUUGGAAAUGGUCGGUAAAUUGAUACAAUCGUCGGUAAAUGGACAUAUACCGACUAAAACGUUAGGUAAAAUUAUGAACGAGCUGUUCGCACUCGCGAAAUUUUAAAGACCCCCCCCCCAGGAUUUUAGGGGGGGGGGAUUUUCGUCGGCAAGUUUGGCGGAAUACACCAACCCCCCCUCCCCCCGAGCGUAAUGGCCUCGUUACGCCCCUGUUGAAUGCAUUGUCUUGAUAUUUGGCCAGGCCUACUUUCAGCAUAUAGGUUCACUGCCCCCAGGGAUCAGUGUCAUCAAUGAGAUAUCUUAACACUUCUACUUUAAUUAGGAAAAUGUUGACGAGAUGAAGCAAACUCAAGCAGAAAUGAAAGCAGAUCAAAUGGCGUUUGAAGCCGAGGUAAGAAACCAAUUUCAAAGAAUGACAGAAAUGUUAAAUCAGCUGCACGGAAGAAAUAUAACCAACAAUGCUGCUCAAGCUUUAGAUCCACCAGUUCCAGACAAUAACCAAGACAUUAUUAUUCUUGGUGGUAUUUAUGCCCCAGGACUUAAAAGUGUAUCGAAUACAGUUGAGAAAUUCAACAUAGCAAAAGGGAAGUCGAUUCACCUGCCAAAACUGAAUCGCCCUCGAGCAGAGUCAGCAUCAUGUGUUUACAACGGUGACGUCAUCAUCACUGGCGGCUUCGAUGGUAAAGCUGGUACAGACAGCAUUGAGAUUUUAAAGAUAAACCAGGAUCCUUUGCGAUGGAUGUUUGAUGGUAAACUGCCAGUCAAGUUAUCUGCUCAUGACGUCACAGUUUAUCAAGAUAAACUAUACGUCAUGGGAGGAUAUAACUGGAAUGAAAACAAAACAAACGAUCAAAUCUACGAACGGUCUAUUAUCCCGCCUUAUACUGCCAAGCCGCUGGCUACAAUGCCUCAGCCAACAAGAUACCACAGAGCAGAGAUUGUAAAUGGCAAAUUAUUCACCUUGGGAGGAACGACAACAGACCUUUGUAAAGACGCCAUUGAUAACGUUGUCGUGUAUGAUUUCAUCAAGAAUGAGUUCAAAUCAUGUCGAUCGUUACCCAAGCCGGUCUGUGAUAUGUCCACAGUUACUUGGGGUAACAUGAUUAUACUUAUUGGCGGACAGGACAAGAAUGACCAGGUCUUAAAUGACGUCUACAUGUAUGACACUGGGGCAGAACAAAGACAGAAUAUGCCUCCACUGAUACACAAGAGGACUGGUUCCUCAGCAGUAAUUAUGCAUGACGUCAUUGUUGUAUUGGGAGGAUGGAAUAAGGAGGAGGGGUAUCUCAACUCAGUAGAAAGUUUCACAAUGGGAGAUGAUCAUUGGAGAGAACUGUCAGGAAUAAAGGAAAAAAGAUACUUUGCAAAUGCUGUAGUAGAGCCUCGCAACUGAAAAGCUCUCCAUAUAAACUUCUUAUUCGCCUUUGCAUGAAUAUCAUAAAUAAUCCAAUAAACGCCCACCCUCUAAUAAACGCCUUCUAUCUAAUAGACACCGCGGUCAACCCAGACUUUGUUAAAAUAGAUGCGUCUCUCUUUAAAAAGCCUCUUAUGUGAUAAACGCCCCUCUCCCUACUGGAGAGUUUCCAACAUUUAAAUAAUUUAAUUAAAGAUUUAUUAGAUUGAACGUUUAUUAAAUUAUUAAUGUUGGGCAUAUAGGUGUAAUGGAAUGUAAGAGCUAUCAAAGUUAAAGAUUUUGACUUUCGUUCACUCUGCAAACUCUUGGAAAGUGUUAUUUAAGAAACCUAGAUAUGCGGUAUGUAAGAAUAAACGCCCCUCUCUAAUAGAAGCCAUUAUCUAAUAAACGCCCCCCUCAAGGUACGAAAAUUUAAUCAACGCCCAGGGCGUUUAUUGGAUCAUCUACGGUACUUUGUGCCAUGAGGGUUGAUCAUCAGAUUUAUAAUUUCAUGUCCUGUAGAUACUAAAUAUGCACACAAAAGAAAAUAAAUAACAUUGACUGAAACCUAAUCGUAAAACACCGGCCCUGAGUUAUAACCCUUCAAUGAUGGUUACAGUUCAGGGUUGUUUAAUGCUCAGGCUUCAGUCAAUGUUAUCUAUUUCUCUUUCAUUUGCAUAUUUAGUAUCUACACGACAUGAAAUUAUAACCAUCAUCAAUGACCUGCACUUGGGUUAACUCACUGAUCUCAAACCUAGCGCUGGAUAGUGCAUCCUCUAUGCAGAAAUGAAGGCAAUGUCGGCCAUAUUGAUGUGAGCAGCACAAAUCUACUGUGGUGUUGAUGACAUAGUGUAAGAGGUUCUUACAGUUUCUAGUUAUCGCUGAGAAAAAAUAAACAUUGUCUGAAUAGAAAUUUAUCAACAGUCGCCUCUCUUCCCGCUUAAAUUUGCUCGUGAAUAACUGAUGUCACACCAAGAUGGCUGCCACAACUCUCAUUAUCUAGUGUUUAAAAGGUUCUAAAACUCAUUAGAAGAAAUAUGGGAAGCUACAUUUUUUAAGUUACAUAGGAAAAGACAUUUGCUUCAUAAUGUAGCUAAUUGAUACACGUCGUGAUCCGAUUUGCAGAGAUUUUGACAGACUUUAAGAUCUCAUCUGAUUAUAAAUAUUCUGACUUCAAAAUUGGUUUAUUGAAUACAAAAGGAAACUCUAUCCAGUGUUUUGAGAUCAGUGGGUUAACUUUACUGUGAAGCGUAUUGUGUUUCCACUUUAUAUAUAACUUGUAAAAUUUCUAUGUAAAUAUUGUAUGCAUAAAUUACUUUUCCUAUAACUAGUAUUUGUUUCAACAAAGAUUUUCAUCAAUUUAAUCAUGUAAAAGUUUUAGAUAUAACCUAUAUAAUCCCUGUGUAAAUAUUGAACAUGUAGUUUCGUUGAAAAAACCUUAGCAUGCUAAUAUACCUUUUGUUGAACAAAAACAUGAAUCUGAACAUUGACAUUAGUAAUAAGUAGAACAUUGAAUUAAUUUGAAAUAAGUAUAUAUAAAUGUAUAGUCA